AUGCGCCCUCUCACGGACACGGAAACGAAGACUCUCUUCACCAAACUCGCCAACUACACUGGCCGUUCCCUGAAUAACCUGCUCACCGACACCGCCCCCUCCACUACCUCCGGCGCGAACAGCACACCCGACCGCUACGUCUUCCGCAUACAGAAAGACCGCGUGUACUAUGUCCGGGAAUCCCUCGCCAACCUCGCUACUUCCAUUGCCCGUGACAACCUCCUCAGCCUGGGGACAUGUCUGGGAAAGUUCACCAAGACGGGAAAGUUUCGCCUGCAUAUUACAGCGUUGGAUGUUCUAGCACCACAUGCCAGGUACAAGGUCUGGGUGAAGGCAAACGGGGAGAUGCCAUUUCUGUAUGGAGGACACGUUGUUAAGGCGCAUGUUGGGAGGUGGAGCGAGGAUGUGCCGGAGCAUCAGGGCGUGGUGGUCAUGAGUAUGAACGAUACUCCUUUGGGCUUUGGUGUCACUGCCCGCUCGACAGCUGAGGCCCGACGACUGGAUCCCACAGGUAUUGUGACUUUCAGACAGGCCGAUGUUGGCGAGUACCUGCGCGAGGAGGACACCCUGUUCACGACUUAA